AGCUUGCAUACCUUAAACUAGGGUUUAGCUGGCUUGGCUUCCCAUCUACAGGCAACUCUCCCCACUUGCAAUGAGGAGUUCCAUGGUGUUUGGCUCUAUCAUCACCCUCCUACUUCUUGCUACUAUAGCUCAUGGACUUCGGGGGCUGGACAUGCACGCAUCACCGAACAAGAAGGGGGAGAUUCGAGCUGACUUCAAGUGGCGACGACCACCACCGUCUUCCGGCGGCAGUCCGGCGGACAGCGCAUCCGGAGGCCGUCACGGCACGACACCGCCGGAGGACCAUGCGAGCACGGCUCGUGCUGCUGCGGAGGAGGACGGCGAGAGGAAGAAGAAGAUGAGGGCUCACCGUGAGGUGGCGCCCAGGUUAAUCCACGAAGACUACGCCGGGCCCAGCGGCCAUUCACCCAACCACCACCGCACCAUACGAUGCGGCCCGUGUUAGCGUUGAGCAGCUAGUGAGUGUGUUUCAGUUUUCUCUGAUGGACAUGCUAGCUGCAUGCAUGUUGUAGGUGGAGAGUUCAACGAUGCAAUUUGCAUGUAGAGAAGAGAGAAAGGGA